AUGUUCGGAAAACAAGACCAGCAAAACAGCACCGAGACCGACGAUCUCAAAGCCAAGCUCAAUUACGGAGCUGAGAAGGAGAAGCAGAUCAUGAACGAGAUCAGAAAUGGCAACAAAGCCAAGAGCUUUAGCCAGCUGUUCGAGAGUAAUAUUGGAGGCGAGUUCUUCAGCAGGCCGUUCGCGUCUGUGUUCAAAGACGGCCGAAUUUACUCGCUUACUGAUCAAAACAUAUACUCUGUUCUGAACUCGUCGACGGGCGAAGUUUUGUACAGGUACCAAAGCGACGCGCCCGUCAAACACGAUUCACUGCUAGCUCCUGCCUGGAACGGACUUGUUGCUUGUGGUUUCAACCAUGAAGCGACUUCCCGCCUCGUUUUCUGGACGAAAGACGGCCUCAUUGAACACGAGCUAGAUCUGGGCAGUUUGGCCGGGCUCCACAAUGUUCGCGACGAAACGCUGCUGGCCGUGCAAAAAGACGGGUCUGUGCUGCAAAUCGACAAAGACUACGGCCAAAGCACCAUUGCGCACGUCGGGCCUGUUCAGGCCAGCAAACUGGCGUUCUUUGCUGACCAAUUGGUGCUGGUCAGUAAGAGCUCAGCAGGAACGGCCUACAAGAUUUUUGACGGACAGGAGGGCAGUCUGGGGUGUCAGUUUGAAGACAUUCUGGUCACAGACGAGGGGAUUGUGUGCAACAAGGACAUAUACAAGUUGGAGAGCGGCAAAUUGCAAAAAUACAAGAACUCGCCGGUGGCUGCCGUUGCCGGAAGAACAGCACGAGUGGUCAAUUCCCAGUACUUGGUGACUGCGGACGAAAACAUACAAAUUUACGAUCUGGACGACCCAAGCCGCCUUAUUGAGUCGCACGCUCUGAACUCACCAGCCGACAUGAUUGAGGCUGACACGGUGGACGGCUCGGUUGCAGUUUUUGUUGUCUCCGGUGACGAUCUUCUGCUGUUUGUUGGAGGAGAGCUGGUAUGGGCCAGAGACGAGUCUCUGGCGGAGAUCAGCGAUAUCUUAAUCACCGACCGCCACGAAGAGCUCAGCGUGUCGCUCGGAGACUUUGAGCACGAAAAGCACUGGUCCGGCUACAUCGAUAGAGUCAAGCACAAUUUGCAUUUGCUCUUCAAGGAGCAGCACACCGACACCGACAAGCAUUUUGGUUUCAACAAAACGAUUGUUGUGCUGACAAGAAACGGAAAUCUUUACGGAUAUGACAGCUACGGCCAUCUCGAGUGGAGUAUCAAGGAGCACGGGUUUUCCCGCAUUUUCAAACUGGAUAAUCAGGCAUACGCUGCCAAUGAGAAAGUAUAUGCAGUACAGGACGGAAAGCUCCUGGAGACAGACGUGAACGAGGAACAGCAAGUGCUGUAUCCCCCAAAUCUGGACGGCUCGUACCGUCUCCUGACAACAGCUGCCAGAGGAUAUAACAACACUGAAGUGGCGUCUCCUGCCGUUGUUUUGGCCAGUCGCAGAGUUCUGUACAAGUACCUGAACCCGCAAACGUCUGUUGGUGUGUUUUACAACGAAGACGCUGCUCUUCUCAAGUUUGUGGUGUACAACAAGGCCACAAACCAGACAUACGCAUCCUUCGAGCACUCCACAAAGAACCCAGAGUCGCUGAAACUGGUGUUUGAGGAGAACUUCAUUGUGUUCACCACCAGCGAGAAAAACGCAGAGACCAGUCUCCUAGGCGUCAUCGAGCUGUAUGAGUCGCUCACUCCUGACCAGAGAUCAAAAGUCCCGGAACACCAGGUGCGCACAUACUUUCUCCCUUCGCAAGUGGCCGCCAUGACUGUGACGCGGACAAAAUACAACAUAGCCUCCAAAUGGCUGAUCGUGGCGCUUCGCUCCGGGGAGAUUGUCGCCAUUCCUCGCACGCUGGCCAAUGCCAGACGGCCGUUCGCCGUGAGCAAGAAAGAGCCCGAGGAGAUGCUGAUGAAAUACCAGCCCGUGUUGCCGGUAAACCCCAAACUCACACUGUCUCAUUACAGGAAACUCAUGGCCACCAGCAAAUUAGUUUCAGUGCCGACAGAGCUGGAGUCCACGACGCUCGUUGUUGGGGCAGGAACCGACCUGUUUGCGACGCUGGUGCGUCCAUCCAGCUCCUUUGACUCGAUGCGAGGCGACUUCAGCAAAUCGACUCUGCUGGCGACGAUCGCGGUUCUCGUUGCUUCGAUUCUUGUCGUGCGGCCGUUUGUCAGCCAGAAACAGCUUAAAGAUGCCUGGCAAACGCGGAGUUAG